AUGUCCAUGAAUUACACAUGUAAUCAAUUCGACAAAGCGUAUCAACCGACGAGAUUGGGAAAUUGGGAAGUUCCGAAAUGGCAUCUCAAUCGUCCGAAGGGUCGUUCAACCGUUACGAAAGUCAUUGCUAACGACAGGGGACAUUUGCUUCCCGGGGUGCAAAAAACCGAUCAGAAACACUGGGCAGGACUCUACUUGGGCACGUAUCAGUUGCCGAAACGCAUCUCUAAAGAAAUCGCUACAGAACUGUCCGGUCCGAAGUGUCAGACGUGGAUGAAACGCUCAUAUCAUCACCCUUUCAUCGACCGUGGCCAACGAAACAAGACCGAGAACGGCGAGAACAAUAACAAACUGGAACUGAUUAAUGUCAAUAAAGAACAACGACAACAGCAUAUAGCCAACGAAGAAGCCGACAGGGAUUCGAUUAAGUCCGUCAAGUCUGCGGUAUCGGACAUGCCGGCGCCAAACGUUUCCAGGAUCGAGACGGUCAGGAAUUGUGCAUCGGCGGACGGCCGAGGACCUUUGAACUCCACUGCAGAUGACGACGACUGCGACAGCGGAGGCGCUAAUAGGACAAGACAACGCGGAGCAGUCAACGGCGGCGGCGGCGCGAAAACACCGUCCAGCCCUGCGCUGAGCCGCAUAAGCGCAAGCUGUGGACACCUGCAGGUCGCGGGCGCGGAAGACGACGACGGCGCGAGGCCGCAGGUGGCCGGUAACGACCAACCGACGGGACGCCGGUACGGGGACGCACAGAGACAUCACGGGCUGCCAGACGCCAUCGAGGACGCUGUGUACCGGUCGCUGCAGACCAAGCGGCAUAAACACCCGGGACUGGGACUGAACGGCUGCUGGCCCAAGUGUUCCGCGGUGGCGUACAAGUCGUUCAACGACCCAGGGCCGACGCAGUGCAGCAAGCUCCGGGUGUACAGGCCAAAGACGUCAUCGUCGUCGUCGCCGCCUCCGUCGUCAGCGGACGGCGGUGACGGUGAGAAAAAAGACCCAGCACGGAGGCGUAACAAAAAUCUGUCGCGGCCCAAAACGUGCGGACCCGCCAUGACGGCCCAACAGUUAACCGACAUCAAGCUGGCCCUGUGCUGGGACCUGGACGCGCCGUUCGACCGGAACCGGCCACCAAGACCGCCCGACGAGCCAGCUGUGUUCCACAAGGUUCGGCAGCAACUGCAAAUGCAACAGCAAAUGCAGCAGCCGUGCGCUGGGGGCCCCGCGGCCGGCAAACCACAAAACUCGUCGGCCGUCAUGGGCUUCGUGCGAACGGCCGGAAACUGUAACGUCGACGGUGACGGUGACGGCGAAGUGGUGCCGGAAGCGAGACGAACUCAGACCCGCGAGUGUCUGAUGAAAAAUCGCAAUCUGUCGGCCGUCAUGGAACUGAUACCGAACAAAGAACGUGAGGACGGCCGUAGACUCGCAGCCGCAGCGACGACGGCGGCGGACGGCGUUGUCACCGCGACCACUGACCGAACUGCUCUCUCGAACAAAUCGUCGUCGUCGUCGUCGUCGUCCGCAUGUCGCGGCAAAAACGGUUCGGACGUCAACGGCCGGAACGACGACGCUUGCAAAUCAGACGACCACGACCAAGCCGAUCACGACGACGACGAUAACGACCACCACCACAAGUCGAACAAGUCUGGUGCGGUGCAGGGUUCCACCGUCGAUUCGCCGUCCCGCGAUCGACGCCGUCAUAGGCCGACACAACACUGCAGCAGCUCCACCGCGGAAAAGGAACCUAAACCCAAGCGGCAUGGCCGACACUCCUACCGGCCUUGUCUGGCUUGCGACGACCCGAACGUGGCCGCGGCCUCCAACUUCAAGAGGGACGACGAGUGCGAGCACUACAAGAUGGCAUUCAAGGCGGGCGUGCCGGUCAGUACGCCGGUCAGGCUGCGGACGGCCGCGGCCGGCAAACCGGCUAAGCACCUCAAAGUGCCCAAACCGAAGACCACCAACUCGGACAAGAAGAAGUACGUUAUCGGCACGCUGCUGCCACCGUUCUCCAUGUGGCCCGGCACCACGGCCCGCGAUUACCCCGAACACUGGAGGCUCACAUCCGUGUACAGGCAAGCGUUCAAGCCGCUUGAGCUGCGCAAACAGCCUCUGCUCCAGACCAUUUAUCUGUGA